CUAUAUUGCUAAAAUAUGGUGAACUGUCCUGUUUCUCUUCAAAAGAGUACUCUCUCGCUCUCUCUCAUGCACGCUCAUAUAGAUCAAUUUCUUUCAGAAUUGUGCUUUGCCGCCGUGGGGUGGUUUAAUAUCGGUGAAAUCUUCAUUUAUCGCGUAAAAGGAGAACUGGGCACAUUCAUAAAUAGUUAACUCUUAAAGAAAUAGAACAUAAUAUAAUCCUAUGCAUAUUAUCUUCUACAUUUGAGAAGUGAAUAAAUUAUACUUUUCCUUUCAUGUUGCAGGCUGUCCGGUGAGAUAGAGAGCACAAUCAGCAUCUUACAGAAGCAGCCUCGUAAAUCUGUGAAGUGAUUUGAUGGGUAAUGUAAUCGCUUCAUUUUUCUCUGGAUUUGGUCAAGUCCUUGGCAAUCUCUUUGGCGCCCCACUUGAUUUUCUUGCCGGAAAGUCUUGCAGUUCAGUUUGUGGGCCAACAUGGGAUUUCAUCUGCUACAUCGAAAAUUUUUGUCUUGCCAAUCUGCUGAAGUUGGCCAUAGUGCUGGCUUUAUUAUACUUGCUUCUCUUGUUCUUCUAUCUUUUAUACAAGCUUGGAAUCUGCUGGUGCAUUGGUCAUAGCCUCUGCAAAAUGGUGUGGGCAUGCUUGGUUACCUGGUUCUCUUUUUGGGAAUAUUGCUUCACUUUCUUGUGUGUUAAGCUCAUAAAAUUCAAAAGAAGAAACCAACGCGGCAGAAGGAACAUUGUUGAAAUAGGCCAAACAGAUUCUAGUUAUGAACAAGAAUCUUCCAGCAGUGAAAGCUUUUCAUCAGAUGAUAUACCCAGAAGCAAUUAUUCAUCUCGCCGAGGGAGAGAUUACAGAGAAGCUCACCGAAAGAAGUCUUUGCGGCCAAGAAGCUACCGUGUACAAGUUGGGAUUAGUAGAAGAAAUGCAACACAAAGUCAUAGAAGGAACUCCUUGAAGCAUCACAGCCAUGGUAGCCAAGUUCAUGAUCAUAUAAGGGUAACUCACACAUCAAGGUUUGUUAAGAAAGGCAGAAGCAUUAGGAGAGGAGUUUAUGGGAAUCAAAAAUGGUAAAUCUUAAAUUUAUUUUGAUCCUCAGUAUAAUUUCUCAUGAAAAUAUUAACUAUAAAAAAUAAAGCAAGAAUUAAAUUUCCUUUCU